AUGAUAUUGCAGAGUUCUAAAGCUGAAAAUUCCUUGUCAUUGUAUUGGGAAGAGCAUAUUGGUCUUCCACACCCUCCACAUUGGUUAGUUGCAAAGACUUCUCCAUUAAGCCCCCAUCAAAUGGCAAUGUUUAUGAAACUUAUGGAAGAAAAUGAAUUGACAUUCCACCUACCUUCAUUUUGUAAGCAGGCUAAUGUUGCUUGUUCUACAAAUGUGUUGGUGAAGAAGACAACAAACAAUAGAAUCCUGCGACCAAUAGCUAAAUGGAUUUCUAACAAACUAAAAUAUUCACUUCCAAAUGAAACACCCCUUUCGGUUGCCAGCCAAGGGGGAUUGCCAUAUUUCUGGGAGUCAAUAGUGAAAGAGAGAGGUCUCAUGCCUGUCCCUGAUCUAAGGGAUCCAAUGUCAUUUAAGUCCUUCAUCCCACGAUCUCUGGCAUUAAAAAUUCCAUUUUCCUUUGCUCAAAUCGAGGAAUUGAAGAAGCUUUUUGGCGUAGUAGAUGAAUCAAACAUGGAUGAGUAUAUUCAAGACACCCUCAAAAUAUGUGAGAAAUGCUCCAUUCUAGAAAAUCAGUGCUUCUGUUCAACUCACGGUGAGGAUCUCAUUGAUUUUAUUGUCAAAAAAUUAGGGAACCGUUUACGCAUAUUUGGCACUGAGAGUGUCGAAGGAUCUUAUGAGAAUGUCACAAUUGGAGCUGUAAAACUCAUCCAUGGAAACCUCACCAAACCACCAGCCUUAUGUGAUAGUCAACCAUUCCCAUUUCAAGUCUAUUAUUGCCAUGUUUUACGGAAAGUUAAAGUAUAUGCCGUUGAAAUGCAUACUCGGAUAAAAGUGAAUCAUGCUAUCAUGGCAUGCCAUUAUGAUACAUUAGUUGGAAUAGAAACCAUAUUGCUUUUCAGUUGUUGGGCUUUGUGCCAGGGCUAG